AUGACUUCGACGUGGCACGUGGCGCGAGUUGUCGCUGCAUUAAUUGUGAUGAUAUUGAUAUUGGUAGGAAAUGUGGUCAACAUCGUUGUCAUCAGGAAAGCCAAGACGAUUCCAAGAAACGCCAGGUAUUUUAUGUUGUCUUUGUGUUUAACCGAUUUGGGAGUUGGUGCUGCUAUUGCCUUUACGAUGUACCCCCUAGCUACUGGACACUGGCCAUAUGGCGACACAGCGUGUAUUGCAGUGGGCAUUGUUACACAUACUCUCUCCGUGACGAGUAUCAUCGCUUUGUUAGCACUGAGUAUUGAACGAUAUCUUGCUAUGGUAAGGCCGUUGAAGUACUCAUUACUCGCUACCAAGGGCAGAGCCAUUGCUAUCAAUGCUGCGAUAUGGAUUUCAGUUACACUGUUCUCAAUAGUGAUAUCGUUGAUCCAAGGACCAGAGUUCUUCUCGUUUAACGCAAAUCAAGGCACAUGUGUUGCGCACUACGAACUACCUAAGUAUAGAAAUUCGGCCUUUUUCUCAGCUAUUGUGUUCAUCUUUAUUCCAACUACAGUCAUGAUAGCUAUUUAUUUGGUAAUCCUAUCCUCGUCUUACAAACAUGCUAGAAUUGUGACUGAAAACAGAAACGAAAGUUCGAAUAGGAGCACCAAUCCACCACCGCCAUUACUCCCAUCUUCCACGUCAUCGUUGCCUACUGUCGCUACGCCUACUAUAGAUAUGGAACAUACAACAACAUCAAGAAAUAACACGAUAGUGGUUACGAUGUUUAUUGUAACUGGCACAUUUGUAAUUUGUUAUUAUCCGUACGCAAUAUUGAGUCUGUACACUGCAGCAACAGGGAACACAGCUUCACCAGCCAUCGCAUUUGCAGUCCGUUUGUUAUUGAGAUCAAAUAGUUUUUUAAACACUUUCAUCUACGGAUAUAGAUACAGGUUUGUCAGAGCGGCGUGCACUUCUUUUCUGCGCUGUUAUUUCUUGAAACCCAGAUCACGUGUCACACCAGAUGAGAGCCUACGGACAGUACAUCUUUCAAAUACUCAUGUUUCCAUGAUUGUCGAACACAUUUCUGAACAGGAAACAUAG